CCAUAAACUAAAAUAAGAGAAACAAACUUAAUGUAUGAUAAAAUAAAUACAGAUAAACCAGAAAAAAAUUAAAGCGUAAAACUAAUAUAUUUUUAAAUUUAGAAACUUCUCAAAUAAUAAUUCAAACUUAAUUUAUUAUAAUCUUAAUUUAAUAAUAUAAUCAAUUAUUAGUUUAAAGCUAAUAAUUUUUCCUAUAUUGUCACGUUGGUGUAGUUCUUAGGUGAUUAAUUGUGUCAUUUAUAAGGUGCAACUUAUAUCAGCAUUGGAUUAGGGUUCAAAUCCUACUAACGGAUAAAUUUUUAUGUGUGUUUUCAUUUGCUUUGUACACAUAAGAAAAUAUCAGUUUCAAAUUUUUAAGGCGUUCGAUUGUUUGUGUAAAUUGAUAUUGAUAUAGGUAAAUAAAUGUAAAUUCUUCUAUUUUUUAAUAUUGUUUCCAGAGUUUUAUUAAAAUAAUAUAUCAAGAAAUGCGGAUUUAGUUGUGUAUAAAAUGUCAUAGAUGGUCUUUUACUGAAAUAACCAUCUUGGGGAUUCUGGUUUCACUUUUCAUCUGGGGGAUGGCAUAUACAAUCUAAUGAGGGUUCAGGCAUGUACAAUCUAGAUAUUAAAGGGCAUGUACAAACUAGAUAUUUUAUGGUAUACAUUUUUUUUUAUUAUGAUUUAAAGUUUUUAUAAAAAAAAAAUCGUUUUGGUUUUUAAAACAAUAUUUAAAAAGAAAGACUGCUUCCAUCUGCUUCAGGUGUUGUGUAAGUUUUUGUGUAGAAAAAAUAUUAUUUUUUAAAAUUUUUUUAUAUUUUUGCUUCUAUUGAGAUACAAUAUGACAUUUUUUUUUAAUAUUAGAGACUUAUCUCAAAUGUUUAAGGGUCUUGAGCUACCACUGAUAAUAGUUUUUACCAGAUAAUUUUUGAAAUCCGGUUUCAUUUUAUUGCACAAAACAAACUUUUGGGUGAGAGCAAACAUUUUUUUCAAAUGUUGUUUCGAAAAACAUCCUACUGUUUUAUGGAACUUAAAACCCAUUAAGGUUGGUGGGGAACCAUCUCUAGAUUUCUUGUUCAAAAAGCAAGAACUGCACCUGUAAUUUUUUCUAAUAUUUUUUUUUUUUUUAAGAAAAUAAUUUUUGAAAUAUCUAUUCUUAUUUCUCUUUUUUUUUUUUGAGUUUGUAAAAGUUUAGUCUAAAAGUUAAAUGACACAACGUUGCAGUGGUUUUGUUUGCUUGCAUAUUGGCGCUGGUUAUCAUAGCAUAAAUAAAGAAAAUCUUUACAUUAAUCUUUGUAAAAAAGCAUGUAUGCUUGGAAAUAAACUGUUAAAAGAAGGAAAUACCUGUAUUGAUAUUGUUGAGAAAGUGUGUUGUUUUCUCGAAGACAGUGAUCUUACAAAUGCUGGUUUUGGUUCGAACAUUUGCCAAGAUGGAAGUAUAGAAUGUGAAGCCAGUAUUAUGGAAAGUAAAUCAAAAAGGUUUUCAGCUGUUGUAUGUGUUAAAGAUUUAAAGAAUCCGAUAAUGCUAGCAAAAAGAUUGUUAUGUAAUCAGUCUGAUGAGCACAAAUUAGGACUUAGUCCACCGAUGAUUUGGGCUGGAAAGGGAACCAAGUUAAAAGCAGUAGAGUUGGGUAUGAAGUUGAUUAAAAACAAAAGUUUAAGAUCUAUGAAAGCCUGGGAAGAUUUUUUAAGUUAUCAAAAAAAUGCACAAAGAUUGUUGGGUUCAAGAGAUACAGAAGACUUGCACUCUGAAGACUCUGUAACUGAAAAUGGUUUGGAAAAAUUAUACACAUCAAAAAAAAAAGAGGAUAUAAAAGUAGGUAAUCAAAAAGAUCUUCAAGAGAAAGAAAGUGAAAGGUUAGAUACUGUAGGUGUUUUAUGCAUUGAUGUUUAUGGUGAAAUGGCAUCAGCUGUUUCAAGUGGUGGUAUAGCUUUUAAACCACCAGGUAGACUUGGUCACACAGGACAAUAUGGUGCAAGUUGUUGGGCAUUUCAAUAUUCUCCUUGUUUAAAAGUUGCGAGUUGUACAUCAGGCUGUGGUGAGUUACUUACACAAACUAAUUUGGCAAAGAGCGCUGCAGAUUACUCUGCAAAUAACGAGAUUUUAAAUUUUAACAGUUAUCUUCUUAAUGAAUUUGUUCAUUCUCAAUAUAUAAGCAGUUCACAGAUGCGUCUUUGUGGGUUGCUGGUUGCUAAAUUUGUUAACGAAGAUAGUGAUUGUUUUGUUGACUUUCAUAUUGCUCACACCACAGAUUCAUUUUGUAUUGCUUUUACAACUGGUGAAAUGAAAAAACCUCAAGUUGUCAUGUCAAGAUUAAAUCUAAAAACAAAGGGACCAGUUUCUCAGGGUUUUUUAUUGAAACUUUGAUUAAAGAAAACAAUCAAAUGAUAUUAAAUUAUUAGCCUUUUUAUUUUACUUAGUGUCAGCAUACAUUAUCAGUUAUAGAAAUUUAAUAUACAAUGGAAAAUAAACAAAUAAAUACAAAAAAAUCAACACAAAUAAUAUUUAAUCAUAGAAAUA